GCAAACGGCAGCACGCCGGUUCGGCAACCUGUUUUCGCGAGUUCUUCCCGUUACUCCGCUGCCGUCGCUUUCAGAGUCGAGACACCGAAGCCCAUCAGCACGCUCUGCAGCCGAACCAAUUGACUGCCGCCCGCAUAGUUCCAACACAUGAUGGCAUCGAUUGCUCGCUCCUCCCUGCUGCGGCAGGUUGCUUUGGUGCCCAAGCUGCCGAUUGCGACUCGGCUGGCGUCCCAGCAAAGCGCCAUCGUCAACGCCGCCCGGGUAGCAACCUUCCAUACCACCGCCCGCAGGGAUCUCUUACCCCCUCUCCCGCAGCGUGUUGAAGGCACAGUGAACGACGCGGCUCCCGUGCCGGAAACAUCCCCUUCCCACGGAUCCUACCACUGGACCUUUGACCGCCUGGUCGCCGCCUCCCUUAUCCCGCUCACCGUCGCCCCCUUCGCGGCCGGCUCACUGAACCCGACGCUCGACGCCCUCCUCUGCGCCACCAUCCUCAUUCACUCGCACACCGGCUUCCAGAACAUUAUCAUCGACUACGUGCCCAAGUACAGGACGCCGCGCGCACGCAAGCUCUUCGUCUGGGGCCUCAACGCCGCCACCGUCGUCGUCGGCCUGGCCCUCUACGAGUUCGAGACCACCGACGUGGGUGUCACCGAGACUAUCAAGCGCAUCUGGACCGCGUGAGGUGGGGAGCAGAGACUAGGCGCCAGAACUUGACUGAGCAGA